UGGAUAGUCGCCGUCCCUGUUAUUCCGAGUUAGCAAAGUGCUCAGAAGUGGGGGUGCAGCACCCCGUGACAGACGCCCGGGCUGCGUGCGCUGAUACCCCGUGUGGGGGAACUACUGGAGCCCAGGCUAUGCGUGUGCAGCGCUCGUCCACCGGCAGCGAAGUUUGAGGAGUAGAUGGGGGGAAUCGGCAGCUGGUUUUCAUGGGCAGAGAGGUGUUCGCUCAGCUUCGGUCUCCGCAGCCCCUGACUUUGCAAUCGGGCUUCUAGCGAGCAGCUGACUUUCUACCACGCCCGGGGUACAGGAUGAAGAAGCCAGACGUGAAGGUGGUGUUACUGGGGGACAUGAAUGUGGGGAAGACGUCUCUCCUGCACCGGUACAUGGAGAGGAGGUUUCAGGACACCGUCAGCACAGUCGGGGGGGCCUUCUAUCUCAAACAGUGGGGGGCCUACAACAUCUCCAUCUGGGACACCGCAGGACGGGAGCAGUUUCAUGGCCUCGGUUCCAUGUACUGCAGGGCAGCCUCUGCAAUCAUCAUGAUGUAUGAUGUUAGCAACAUGCAAAGCCUCUUGGAGCUUGAAGAACGGUUCCUGGGCCUGACUGACACUGCCAGCGAUGACUGCAUAUUUGCAAUUGUCGGGAACAAAGUUGACCUUACUGAUGACUACGAUGUAGGAGAAGUAGGUGAAAAUCCUCGUCCUUCCAGCAAAGCCCGCAAACAGGUUCAAGUAGAAGAUGCUGUUGCCUUAUAUAAGAGGAUAAUCAAGUAUAAGAUGUUGGAUGAAAACUGUGUGCCCGUUGCAGAGAAAAUGUGCUUUGAGACAAGUGCCAAGACCGGCUACAAUGUUGAUGCUCUUUUUGAAGCUGUUUUUAACAUGGUGGUACCAUUGAUUAUUAAAAAUAAAGUAAACAGACCGCAGGAUACUGUCAAUCUUGCUGAAAGCAAUCACAAGAAGCAAUCAAAACGGGGUUGCUGUUAAUCAUACAAGCCUUUUUGCCAAGACCAUGGCUAGGUACUGAUGUCGCUAAGACAUUGUGGAUUGACUGUCCACGAUUAAUGGAGCCAUACAAUCCUGGGAAGUUGCAGCUCAACAAUACUAGUCGAUCUGACAGCGUAAUAGUAUAAACUGGCUAAAGACUGGAUGUUGUCUAUGUAACCUAAUGGAAAUAACCUUCCGUUUAAAAAGAACACAAUCAGAAAAUGAGAUGAAAUUUAUGUGUGUCAAUGUCUAAACACAAUCACUUUAUUAUAUCCAACUGAUUUCCCUCGUAGAUUUCUCUAACAGAAUUAAUUUUGUUUACCUUUAAACAUUGCAGCUACUUUUUAUUUUAUUU